CACACAUGUCCUUUAAAUGUUCAUUGUCAACAAGUCGUGCAAAAAUACUCCUCGAGUUUAGUAGCAAAAAAAGAUCAUGGCCUUCACCAAGUAGAAUGCCUGGUGAGUGCAAACACUGUGAUAUCAUUCGUAAUAAAACAAACGCAAAUGGUGUAGAUCAAACUUCGAAUCAAGAAAGACGGACGCCAAGCAAAUAUGAAGCAAAACGAGCCUCGUAAAACUAAAAUGUUGAAAACAAAAGAUCAAAGUAGAGAUCUCGAGACAUUUAGUUGUAAGACAAUUCCGAACCGACUAACAUCAUCAGUUGUAAGACAACGAACAACUCCUAAUUCUCUCGUCCAACCCAAAAAUUAUAGCAGAGGAGGUGAUAGUUGAGGGGAGACAGACACGUGGUUCUCUGUCGUGUCUGCAAGUAAGAGAUCGCAUUUUGGAUUAAUAUAGCUAAGAAGUGAAGAGACGGACUAGAACAAAAGUGCGAUAUCUUGCAAACUUUUUACCUUACAGAUACUUAUUUUGAAACUUGGAGGAGGUGUUCUUGCUUACGAAUGUAAGCAGUUUUAUGAUAACGCUAUUAUAUGAUCUACGAAGAAAACGAUUGAGUUUAUGAUACUGAUACACUACUAUUGGGGAACACUAAUAGUAGAAAAAGCAGAAAGAAAGAUAUAGUAAGUAAGGUACUACCACUUGGACGGGGUGACUAUUCUCGAAGAAGUUUUAAGAGGUGAUAGAGAUAGGAAGUACUUAUUCAAGGUUAUUUUUUGCUUACUCUGUAAACUAACACACGAGCUACCUAAUAUCAUAGAAAGGUAAUAAAACGGGAGUUCUCUCCUGAACUAAAUACGAACCCGCACUUUCUACAUCAUUUAGUUUCAACUACUAGCCUUCUUCGACGGAAGAGAAGCUGAGAGACUCUGCUGCAGCACUGAGGUCUCUCUUUCUUUGAGUUGAAGAAUUUCCUAGCACUAGAAGUGUUGUUUUCCGCACCCGCAUCGAGAUCCGGUUGAUGUAGGUGGAACGAGAAGACACACGUGCAAGCGACCUCGCGGUAUUUUUUCUAACAGUCUUCCAUGCAACAUCAACCUCGCGGCUCCUUUUGAGCUUUCUCUUAAACCUUUCUACGACAAACAAGUACUUUCUAACGACCCAAGACGACUUUUGCUUCUGUUGAACUCGAACUUCCUGGACAGAACAACUUGAAGAACUUAAUUGCAAAAGAUCCUUAUCAUUCUUGUUGCAUAUUGUUUUCCAGGUCACAUCCGAUCUAGAUCUCUUCCCCUUAUCUAGGUCGCUUGGUCCUGCCCUUCUUCUUCUAGUACAUCAACAAACUUCUGGUACUGUGUCACACUGCAUCAGCUGCAUAUUGAUAUUGAUAUAACUAUUCAUAGUUAUCAUAAUCUUAUAGGUGUUGUUGUGUUGAGAAUUUCUCUCGUUGUGGAUAAGAUAGAAGUGAUACGACUAUUUGAAGAAGUAAAAAGUACUAAGGUUUUUCUUAUCUUCAGCAAGCUUUUAUAAUUUCAUUAUUCGCGAUGACGACGUUCCAAUGGAACACCUCCGCUGAGGAGUUCAAGCCACCGAACGCUGAGGGUGCCGCGACGGAUCAAGUUGUUACAACUGGUAAUAUUGAUCGAUUCAUGUUGUUAGAACUGAUACCAUAUUAAGUCGCGGACGACCAACAUAAAAAUGAAAAUGAAAAUCUUCUUACCCUCAAAUUGAAAAUCUUCUUACCCUCAAAAUUCUUACCCUAAAAAGAAUCCUCAGGAACUACAGCUAGAACCACUGACACACCAAUUUUGUCCAGGUAAACCGGCUGGUUGGGGAGUGGAGCAACAAGAGCAGCAUAACAAGAGUGUGUACGGAGCACCAAGUGCCGCGACCCAAGUGCAGUUUCCUGUGAUGGUGCCGACAGUGACACAAUACCGACCUGGUGAUAUGCAAAACCAUGGUGUCAUCCAGGCACAAGGAAUUUACCACCAGCAGCAAGGCGUGACGCUUAGUGGUGUGAAUUAUCAGCAGUUGCAAAAUUGUGUCCAGAUGAACCAACAGCAGCAAGCAGGAGCUCAACAAGGUCUCCAAGCCAUGAACCAGCAGCAACAACAAGCUGGUGUUCAAGUAGUACAAAAUGUACCUGUCGUACAGCAACAGGGAGGUGUAGUUCAGGGUGUAGCAACAGGCUGUAGUUCAGGGUUAACAGUACAACAAGGUGCAGUAGUAGGUGCAGCAGGGGAUGGCAGCAUUAAUAUUAAAGACGCAACAUACAUGCUGUACAAGGAUAAUGCAAGUGGGGCGAUCCGAGCGUGCAACAAAAUGCCGCUUGACGGACAGCAGCAGCAACAGCAACAAACGACGACAAAUAUUUACAGCGCGGUACUACUACUUUUUCUUCUUUAUAAUUUAGAUACUUCUUACUAGUUUGUAGGUGGUAAGGGCGCUCGCGAGCGCGACACGUGUGAGGCGGUAGGGUCACCACGCGCGAACAUAAUAAUAAUUUAAUAACUAAUUAUUUUGUACUUCUACUAGUUUACAUCACCUGGUGACCAGGACCAGUUUAAGGUCCUCUUACUCCACGACGAAGAAGAUCUCAACAUCUUCUCAAAAAACUCAAAUCCUUAUCAAACCAAUCAAGAAAUAGAAGAUCUCGUUUACCACAUCAAUCUCCCAAAAAAUCCCCGACUACUCCAUCAAGAAAGAAGAUCUCAAAUUCCCAAAUUCCCCGACAAUUCCUCGCCUACAGACACAACAAGCCGCUUACUCUAUUGCACCGGGACAGCGGAUGGUGCCAAAGUCACUCGUUUCACAUGUUACACAACGCUUACACGAACAAGAUAAGAAGGUAUAAUCCAAAUCUUCUGACAGAUCAAAUGAUCAAUAUUGUGGAGAAUGAGAAGAAGAUCUACGAUGAGAAGAUCUACGUUGUCUACGUUGAUGAAUACAUACAGCACUAAGUAAAACAGCAGGUUAGUUUUCACCUCCACACUCUUAGGCUUAUCCCAUGCAGCAAUACACACUAUGCACAUGUCGUAAAAUAGAGAUCACGUUAUUUGUUAAUACUAGGCACAACUCGUGGUCGUGCAAUAGAGAUCUACAACUAGUUUCAAUUUGCGACUACUCUACUUUCGGUUGUACAACUCUUUCUGCAUUUACAAACCUUCCUCUCCUUGACCUCCUUCUUCAAGAUAGUUUUUUUGACUUAAUACUAUCUACUUCAAUCGAGACCUCUACGGUCACCAUGAACGGUGAUAACAGGGACAACAGCAUGCAAUCUACUUCUCCAUCUGCUUCUAAACCCUAAACCCUUAAUAAGCUGCUCCCUCUUCUAGGUUGCUAACGCCGAAGAUCAUUUUUUUGCUUAAUCAUACAUUCAAUCUACAACUUCCGCUUUUUCAUAUCCUUCCUAAUAUUCCCUCUUCUUCUAGGUCAACGGCUGCGCGGAUCAACAGCAGUAUGGGCACGAUCAGUGGUCUUCAGGGUCUUACCAGAAAGGGCGUUGGUCUUCCGGAUCUUGGGGUGGCGGUAAGCAAGGCGGCAAUAAUUCCUGGCAGCACAGUAUUAAUAACAACGGUUACUACAACAACAACGGACCACAUCAAGCUGGAGGUGGCAAUAGUUCCCAAUACAACAAUAAUGGUGGCGGAGGUGCAGUAUCAGGCGCUAGUAGUCGCAGCGCCUCUUGGAGGCAAAAUUCUAUGGACUAUUGCCCUCAGCAGGCAUCAAACUACAGGAAUCAACAAUGGGGAAGCCAAUCGUCCAAAGGUGGAGGCAAGCACAGCUCACCCCAACCAUCGCCGCAAACAAAUUAUCGCGGAAGUCAAGCCGGGGGGUCUUGGUACUAAUUAAACUUCUAUUUUAUUUUUACCCCCUACUGUAAUCUCAAAAAUUCCUGAUCAUAGAUAAUACAAUUCUUCGAUUUCGAAUGACAAAAUGUUGUUCACGCGCAAGAACUCCUUCCUAGAUCAAAUUUGGUUGACAAAGUGUUGUACACGUGCAAGAACUUCUUCCUAGAUCAAAUUUGGUAUUUGGCAAAAAGUGAUUCUGAUUUCAUCUUGUGCAUCUCUUCUCAAUCUCACCGCAGGCACAGCAACCGCAAAGGCGCUAGUUCGACUCAGCCAGAGCCUGCUGCAGAACCCGGUAACACCACUACUACGGCAACCGAGGUUGUUGCAACAGCAGACGUGAAAGCUUCUGGUGCACCAGUAGCAGUAGAGGACUCUACAAGUCAGCAAACAACAACUGCUCCAGUAGCAGAGGAGAAAGAGAAGCGUACCUCUACCCCAGAGGUACUGGAGGAGAAGGAGAUGUCUACAACGGCACCGGAAGUUGUAGAGAAGUCCCAUGGUGAUGUCGUCAAGACCGUCAAGACCGAUGUAGUCUCCGCCAAGGUCGCAGCUGUGGAGGAGAAGAAAGCGGAGGAGAAGAAGGGCCCAUCAUGGGCUGACAGGGUAAAGAAGCCAGAACAAAAGGCUACUGCUGCUGCACCUACUGCUGCUACGAAAGUAGCUGUGCAACCCACGGCUGCGAACGCAAUCUCUUCCUCCUCAAUAAAUAAACCGGCGCCUACUUCUUCUAGUGCCUCGACAGUACCUACUACUGCAUCGGCGGCAUCAGUGGUCGUGAAAUCCACUCCUGAGGCAGCGACAAAAACCCCUGUGCCAGAGGGCGAAGCAUCUCCUUCUGCAAAGAGUACAAGAACUGCCGAAAAAGAGCCGGCAGAAGAUGAUGAGUGGCAGGAGGUCAAGAAACCGAAGAAGAAGAAUCCCAGGAGUACAGUGCUCGAAAGUACUUCUUCUAUUGGUUCCUCUACUAAUACAGCAGUGGCUCCUGCGUCCGCAAAGGAGACUACAGCUAGUUCCUUGAGUACAGCAACGACUCCAGCUAGUUCUAGUACUGCUCCAUCUUCUGACGCCGUGACAUCUUCAAAGCCUGCAGCAAAGGUGGUCGCGAAGCCGCUUCCGUGGGGUAACCUGACGCCCAACAAGGCAGGUGAGGCGAAGAAACCAGUAUGGGGCACGACACAGGCUACGCAUCGCACCUGCGAACCAUCCUCUGAUUUGACCCACAGUUCACCAUCAUCCUCGGACUUGGCGGAGGCUGACGGGGCUAAUCAUACGACAGCAUCCAGCACGACGUCAACGUUGAAAACAGACGUUGUAGCCUCCGCUGCGACAGCUACGCCUACGGUUGUCGCUGAAAAAGUUGUGGUUGCGAAGCCGGUCGCUGAUGCCGCAGUCGCAGUCGCUCCAGCAGCUGAGGCUGAGAAGCCGUCUCCGGAGGAGUCAGCUACUCAGGCCGCGGAGACCUCGGACAACAAGCCGGCGCCGGGUUCAUGGGCAGCGCGUGCUGCCGCUGCAGCGGCUAAGCCGGUUGUACAGAGUCCGGCCGUGCCCUCUGCAUCCAAGGCCUCCCCGGCUGGGAAAGGCAGCAAGAAGGGUUCCCCGGAGGAGAAGGUUGGUGACAAGGCUCGCGGCAGCGCUAAGGGCGAUGCCACGCGAAAGGACGGUGGCAAGGACCAAAAGGGAUCCAAAGCUCCCGUGGCAUCUACGCCGGAUGGCACCAGGCAGCGUACCUCCUCCCUCAGUGGAGGCAAAGGGCGUCGUAGCUCCGGUGGUAGAGGGAAAGACUCUACUGGCUCUGCUGGUGCUGGCCGUAAGAGCUCCGUCAAUAGUGCUGAGCAGGAUGCAGCUGCACUCUCUGCCGCAGAUGGAUCCGAAGCGACUGACGCAGACCCGAGUGUGAAGGCAGCUGCAAAUCUCUCGGGACAAAUGGAGGCACAGAGUCAGUCUUCUGCAGUACAAUCUGCACAGGCGGUUCCGGAUCUGCAGAAAGACUUCCCCUCCACAUUGGGUGCUAGCAUCUCGCCUGCUGCGCCGCGUGGCGUUUGGGGCGCACCCCCAGCAGCAGCAGCGAAACCACCUGCGGGACCAUCUUCUGCUCCGGCUGCAGCAAGCGGAGUCCCUUCUUCUAAGAAGGGAACAAAAGGUCCUUCCUCUUCCAGUGAGGGAAUUGCCACAACGCCGCAGCUAUCAUCGUCUGCUAAAACUGGUCUAGUCGCAGAGAAAGAUACAACUUCAUCGACCUCUACUAGUAACAAGCAAGCUACGUCAACAAGCAAUGCGGACGUUGCGCCAGCCAAGAAGGCAGCAACAGAUACUGCUGAAGAUGAGGAUGAUGGCUGGACUCAGGUCCCGGCCGCACCUUCGGUACGUGUAACGCCAGCUUCGAAGCGGGCAUCUAAUCCCGCUCCAGUACAAUCUACUAAGGCUUCUUCAGGAGGUGCUGGCGUACGAAGCAACAUCUUCAGUCUCGCACAGGACGAAGACGACGAGGACGAAUCUGGCACGUCUCGUGAGUCCAGCAAGAGUACGUUGGACGGCUCAACCAAGGAUGCGCUAGAAGUUGCAUCUGCAGUUGCUUCUGCGGAGAUGAAGGGUCCUAGUGGUACAAUUACUUCUAAGCCGCAGCACCAUGAUGUCGGCAGUGCUCCAACCGAUGCGCCAGUGAUGCCCUCAGAAGCGACAAGUUCUACGACCUCCGCUGUCGACCCAUUAGAGCACUCAACUGACGUUGCCGCAUCUGCGUCCUCUUGCGCUGAGGACGGCCAAGCUGCUGGGCCAUCCGCGAAUGGCGCUCUUGAUGAUGUCGAAGAGGAUGAUCAAGCUGAGGAAACAAAAACAAAAACACAAACUACAUCUGAUGCAGUUGUACCUGAUGUAAAAACCAAGAAGAGUUCUUUUGUGACAGCCGCGCCGCCACGUGCUGGAGGAUUCGCUUUUUCAUCAUCCGGAUUCAAGGUGAGCGACUUCUUGUCCGGAAAAUUAGCUGCUGAAGACCUACCCCCAGAGGUCAUGACCAAGAAAAACCCCUCUAACGCUGUGAAAUCACCCUCUAUUGACGGAAAUAAAUCCUCUCUCAUCGACGAAGCAGCAUAUUACGGCAGCCCUGAUAAGUACUUUCCUAUUUUUGACUUAAGUACUUUGUUCUACAAUUCAUCUUUCUUCAUGAUUUAGAUCAUGUAACUCUCUUCACCAAAUUCUUGAUCUGAAUAGGUUUUCCUAACGAUUCCUACCUCGAUUCUCGUCAUUAUAUUCAAAAAUUAAAUUUCGUAUUCGUCUAAGUACAAUGAAAUUACCACUGUCGCUCCAUCCACAACUCUAUCACCAGGUUAACCACAAGCAAGGGCACUAAAGAUACGCCCGAUCGCAGCCCUGAGCCCUCUUCCAGCGAAAACCCCGAUGACGAUUCUGAUGUCGAGGAAAUUGACAGUACUACUAUUUAUUCCGAUGUCGAGGAAAUUGACAGUACUUAAAUACUAAAUUUUUAGAUUCUGUAGUAGGUACGCAUUUGCGUAGCAAGAACUUCAUCAUCAAAAAAUCUGGUUCUUAGAUUUUUGACUUAUGACAUUCUUCACAAGAGAUUCUAGAUGAAGAGAUUUCUUGGAAAGCUAAAAUUCUUCACAUUCUUACCCUCACCCCCACCACCUACAGCCGCAGAGCGUCGGUAUGACCCAGAGGUUUUGAAGCUUGCUGGAGCCAAGCCCUGCCCGUCUGAGAUUCCAGUCUACUUGCGCGCCAGCAACAGGAAUCCUAAUGCGCCUCCGUCGGAGCGUAUCUAUGCCCUGAAAUUCAUGAAGCAAUUCAUGGUACUUAUAAGAUGAAGUUCUUUGAUGCAUUCACUUGCUUCUACUCAAGAACAAAUUUGCGAUGAAGAUUCACGUUUUCAUCUUCUGUGUUGCAUAUUAUCGACCUUGUUUUCGAUAAAAACUUAAACUUUUAUUCAUCCAUCAAAGGACCUCCUCCUCACCUUAACAGAAUAAGGCCAACUGCCUGGUUCUUAUUCACCCAUCAAAUCACCUCCUCCUCAACAACAGAAUAAGGCCAACUGCCUGGUUCUUCCUGCUGGGGUUGCUCUUCCCGUCGCGAUCAGCAAAGAUGCUCGCAACAGCACUGUAUCUUUGGGCGCUAGUGGUGGCGGCGACGCUCAGUGGGCUCGUGGUCAGAAGCUGGCCGAACCAGUGCACAACAAGAAAAAGAGGCGCGACGAUCAGGAAUGGAGUCGCGCCAGUGUUCCGACACUCGCUUCCUCCGAAAACAGCUGGAAAAAGAAGCAAGCUGGAGAUAGAGAUGCCGAUGCGGAGGUACUUAAUUGAAUUGUUUAUAGACACUGAGGUUUCACAACUGGUUGGCCUCACGAGUAGACACUACUAGCUACAUAAGAGGCACCAUGACAUGACAUGAAACAUAAAGUACUCAGUUGAUAUUCCCAACAACUGGAGACAAUAUAUCCUACAAGUGGGAGAACUACGAAAGUCAUUUCACCACAUCACUUCUCACCACAUAUACAGUUAAAUCUUCCCUCCUUCCACACCCACACCAUCUAUAAUCAGGUCGAGCGCAAGAUCAAGUCGAUUUUGAACAAGUUGACCUUCGAGAAGUUUGAUAAGCUCUAUGGUGAGCUCUGCGCUCUGGGCAUGACGAAGUACUCGCAACUCGAAUACCUCACUCACGAGAUCUUCGAGAAAGCGACAACGCAGCAUCAUUUCAUCCAAAUGUACACGAAUUUGUGUAAGAAAAUCACAGAAGAUGCAGCGUUUGAGGAUGCAUGCUUGUCACAGGAAGGUACGACCUCUAGUACUUCUAGUUUGCGCUCAUGUCGAGCAUAUAUGAUCCAUUGAUAUAAUCGAUCGCUCCAAAAAAUACCAUUGAUUGAUUGAUGUCGAGGACCAUAUGAUCCAAUUAGACCAGGAUUUUGCUCGUUGCACACCGUCCCAGGGAUAGCGAAGGGUGGACUUGAUAAGCGCCGCCAGAGGAGGUUGUUCGUUAUAGAUCUCCAAAAUUUGAAUCUGGAGGUCCAUCAGAUCACCGCUCCAAAAAUGAUUCAAAAAAUCUUCUGAACAGCCGACGGCGAGGAGCAGGAGGAGAACGCUGAGCAGCAGCAAAAGCGCAAUUUCCGCAAGAUGCUUCUUAGCAUCUGCCAAGGCCUUUUUGAACAAGAGGAGGAAGAAAUCGUCGCCGAAGACAAGGAUGAAGAAACUGAGAAAUACUUCGCUUACAAGCGUCGCCGGUUGGGUAACGUCAAGUUCGUGGGUGCUUUGCUGAAUGCCAAGUUGCUGACGGUGAGGAUUGUGCCUCACAUCGCACAGGAUUUGAUCGAGAAACAAACGGAGUUGAGCUUGGAAGCUGUGUGUUGCUUCUUGGAAGUGAUUGGCGAACAGAUGGAGGUACAACUAGAGAUACUAUACUCUUUUCUAUUUGUUCACAUCAAAGUUUCUCCUUGAACAAUUUGUUUGGACAGUUUUUAGAGAAAUUUGAGAACAGCAUGUCUCCAACUACCGGAAAGAUGAUCUCCCUUCACACUCCACCUCCAACUCACUAUCACAGUCCGACACUACUACCAAGCAGCCAAAGAGCUGGGCGGGAACGUUUGCUCAUCUUGCCGACUUGAGUAACGACAAGAAGUUCGGGUUCCGCUCAAGAUCUUUGAUCAAGGAUCUCCUCGAUCUUCGUGCCAGCGGAUGGAAGAAAAACACGACUAUCAGUACUAGAUUUCUACUUUUUUUCUUUUCUACUACUACGCGAUAAAUCCCUUGAUGGGUUUGUCAAAGUUAAUAAACACUACAAUGUUGAGUUUUCUUCGUCAAGAACACUGCUGACGAGACUACUUCUAGUGAGCAGCAAGAACUUGUAUUCCUUCAACAGUCAAGAACUUGUUGUAUUCCUUAAUAUUAUCUCAAUCCGUUCACAACACCACAGUGAAAGAGCCCCUCAAAGCCGGCAAGUUGGACGACGUCAACAAGGCUCUUCCCGAAGCCGACAAGCAGAAAAAGAGCAGUCGUGCCUCCAAUAAACCCGAAAUUAUCCAAGACGCUGAUGGCUUCGUCACCAAGAGCUACGGAAGCAAGGGCAAUAAAUCGUCCUCCGCCAACUCGUCAUCGAACAACCUGUCCAAGAGCUUGUCCUCUUCGUCAAUGUUGGCAGGCAGAGGCUCUAGUGGUUCUCUUGGGCCAAGAACGAACAGCAGCGUUAUCGGCAACAGCUUUGCGGCAUUGGAAAAGAAAAAGAAAAAGAAGAAGGAAGACGACGCGGUGGAGCCACUAUCAAGGAAAAAACGCUCAGAACGAACGGACGACGGAUCCACCUCACAGACGAAGUACUUUUACUGCUUUUUGAAUUGCUAAACCCUGAGGACCCUUGUUGACUUUAAUGCUAAACGAAGCAGUUUCCAGCAACGACUCUCUCUGAUUUCAAAUCCUUUUCAUUCAACAAGAAUAACAACAACAUCAACAUCAGCCUCUUUUUACCAACGACUUCCUCAUCACUCAUCAUCCUACAAUGAAUCAACCUCUCUCUCAGGGAAACCACUACUUCUUCGAGUCGGAAGUUGGAAUAUUCAGAAGCCAAGAAGGAGAUGGAGAAAGCAAUAAACGUUUCCUUCCUGGAAGGUAUGCCAUUUGCCCUGAUUCGCGAAGAAUAUUUGGACAACUUCAAGAUGGAGAAAUCGUACUAAAAUUUUCAUUUUGAUUCUCCGGUUUUGAUGGAGAAGCUCUGUUAAGGUGUUGUCACAUCCUCUUUGUGGUGGAAUAUUGAGAGACAUUCGUUGUCCGAUAUCGUUCCUACUCGAAACUCCUUUAUCUGUUCACACUUCACUGUUCAGUUUCACAGAACAAAAUUUCUUCUUCAACACAGGGACUACCAAAAGCUCUGGCUGGAGCUCUUCGACGCCGCCGUUGAGAAACGUGAGGCUGAGCGUGUUGCUACGCUUCAGUUUUUACCCGAAUUGCUCAUUUUCUGGGACAAGGAGUUCAAGAGUCAUGGUCGCGCGUGCUUCAAUGGUUGCAUGAAGGCCUUGAUGGAAGACGAGGAGAUGUGGGAAAUGCGCAAGGAGGAAUGUCCUAGACUGCAUGUUUGGCUCAAGGACUACGUCAUCGACUUUCUGCGCGACAAGUACAACGUCAGCUUCGACGAAGACGUCGAGGCAUUGUUGCAGGAAAGAGGCUGUGCGGUGGCAGGACUGUGAGGCUGUUGAUGUAGGCUAUUCGAUUAAUAUAGAAAUAGUAGUAGAAAAUUUAUAUUAGAUGAAUAGACUGCUGAUUAAACUAGAAGAACCUCCUCUGUCCAAAGUCCCCCCGUGAAAAUUUGAAGCUUUUUGCACCUAAGUAAGUACUCAGCUCUUGAAUCAAGAGUCUUUCUCGCAUUCGAUUAUUCCCAAUAGAAGAAAGUGAUGGUUUUCGUCUCCGAUCUGUAUUUUUUUUGUUCCACAGCUGACUGAUGGAAAGCCAGUCAUUGAAAUGCCAAUAGAACAUCCUUCCAUGAAAUAACACAACACUCAACAGAAGGAAUUGCCGAACUUCUUUUCAAUUCUUCUACAAGAAUCUUGUUCAACAUAGUGUUUAUCUCAGAGUUGUAUGAAAAAGUUCAGCUUCAUGGUGUCGAAUGUAGUCGUGUGCAUACUUAAAUGUUGUUAUUCCUACCAUGACCACCAGAUCCGACUUGUUAUAGUAGGAGCGACCGUCGAGGAGCUUGAUAAGUACUGCAAGAAGUACAACGAACAACUCGUCUCUCAUCUAAUAGAGCAGCUAAUAUUUUUUUCAUCCUUGUCUCGGAAGCUGCAUACUAUAUGAUCCAAGUUGAAGGAACAACUUCUUGGCGGAAAUACUGGAUGAGGUAAUUUGUGAAUUACACAACACGAAGAUGCACAAUUGAGCGGUUUACACAUUGAUUCUUAGCUUUCUGCAUAACAGAGAUAAAAUUGCAUAUGAUAGAAGAUGUUGUUUGCUAUCGAGGAUACACCAUGUAGUAUUUUGGAUGGCAGUUGUCGUGCGAUCUAUCUUGUUGUAGUGAUAUUGAUAUUCAAUGUUGGGGAACUUCUAUACCUAUAAUAUAAUAUGAGCUAGAUGAACUUCUGCAUGAUACGGAUUUGCACUGAUAUCGAGCCUACAACAAGUCCUAAUACUAUAUAUUGUAAAACAACUUCUAGCCCAACACGGUAAAAAUACCUACAGGUACUUAUACUUCAUUCUUCAACUAGAGCAAUACAGUAUAAUCACUUAGGUUCACUUAGGUACUUCUACUUCUUCUUCGACGUCAGGCAGCGUGGUUCUGGUUCCUUGAUGAGCAGCUGACAUGAGGAGAAGUGCUAGAAGUAUUAGUAUUAGUAUUUGUGGAGGCGUAGUUCUGAGGAGAAGUCUUAGUGUAGUUGCAUUCUAGUUGUUGCACAGUGCAGCUCUUGUUACAUGUUGGUCCUUUUUCCCUCGACUUUCAUGUUGCACAGAAGCUAUGCAUAGUGCGGACGACAAAAAACUUGAUGGUAGCUUUCUCCUUCAUGUUGUCAAUUUCUUGAUGGUCUUUACUUUCAUCUGAUAGUAGAAGAAGAUCCUGUUGUGGGACUAAAACUUGUACUAACAUCUUGGUGUUUGGCCGCUGAACGCUGACAUUAAGAAGAGAUACAUAUGUAUGGUUGACUGAAUUACUAUCUAUUCUUGCAUGAAGAUCAUCUGUUAAGAGAAUUAUUUCCGCUGUCGCGGUGAGCGAUGAUAAAUCAAUUUUUUGGAAUCGUCCUUGUUGGUAAGAACCAUUUACUGAUACAACUGAAACUGAUAGGUUUAUUUAAUCACAUUCAAUUUCAACUACGCAUGAUUCCGCUAAUCAAUUUAGCACUCUUCACAAUGCACUUUUUUUUGACAAUUUAGCACUCUUCCACAAAAUUAUAUGCGAUUGUAAGCUGAUGAUCGACACGGGAUUUAAAUUGCUCAUAAAUUAUCAUCGAUUUUUUCGUUGUAUCCUCUCGUUCCUCCAACAGGUAACAUAAGUAUAAGUAUUUCACAAAGUAAUUUGAAGAAGUUUUUAUUGAUGAUGUCCUGCUUAGAAUCCUAAGAAGCUAUUAAGUUGUAUCCAUAAGUUGUAUCCUGUUUGUUUGAUGAGAGUCCUAUAAUAUUGGAGAUCGUGUUGUACCACUGAUGUUGAAGAACCUAAAGAAUCUGGGACACUCCACGAAGACGAAACAAGCGAUAAAAAUCCGUCAUGCAGAUCAAAAAGUCCCCGUUUUUUUUGUGAGCUUGUUUGUUUCGCACCUGCUUGUCUUGAAAAAAGUGUUGUCGUAUGCUAUUUCUAGAACCGUGAUGAUGUACUGUAGUCGUAUACUAUAGAUGUGAGUAGAGCUCUAUCGUCGCAUAUGCUGCUCAGGAGAAGGCAUGAUGAAUACUAUUUUGUCUUCCGACCUAGAUGAUCUGUCUCAGUUUUUUUAGACUCUAAAUUGCAUGCAUUCAUUUUCACUAGAAGAUGGGUUUGUUGUUCUAUUAGAAAUAAGUACUUAUCUUCAUGAUUCAGGCAUUCACAGCACGAAGAUCAUUUCUCCCCCGUACCACUCUCAAAACGCAUGGGGAGUCGCGAGACCGCUAAUAUCAUGACACGCACCUCUUUUAAGAUUGAUGAUUUCCACAUAAAGUGUUUUACCUCUCGAAAUGCCAAGGGUCUCUGGUUGCAUUGUCACAACCAAUGUGUUUGCUCUCGCAGCGAACAGAACUGGUGCGCUGGCCCUUUGGCCGAAGACUUUGUUCAACACGGUGUUUUACACGGUCUCAUAUCUUUGCGGCUACCUCAUCUACCAGGAAGGACUU